AUGAGUACCGGUACCUAUUUCAGUCCACUUCAAGCACUGGCUGUAGUGUAUGUUCUCAUGUGUGUGUAUAUGUUAGUGUGUGGCUGCCUGUGGGUUUCGGUGGUGUCUGGUUGUUAUGUUUGUGUUUUACUGACCAACCUGGAUGUCCUGUUGUUUUUAUGUUCCUGGACCCUCUUCCUCCCCCCCCUGUACCUUGUUCCGGCCCGGCUCUCAGGUAUUGUUGUGACAGAAACCCUGCCCAGCCCCAGGGUACGUCCUGCUCCAGAGCAACAGCUGGCCCGGAAGGGCAAGCAGGGCAAGGACGGGCGUGAGCUGCGUGUAGUGGUGAACACCAACGACCCCGACUACGAACACUUCUACUCUAUAGAGAGUUACGACGAACCCAUGGCCAUGGAGCAGAGCAUCCACCUGACUCCCACUGCCAAUCAGAGCCAUGGUGAGAGAGUCACUGUUGACCCUCUGAAAACAAAGAGGCCCAGGAGAGAGGUCAAAGGGGAAGCUCCAGCGGAUCCUUGUGUGUUGCCCCUGGAGGAGGGCAACUGUUGGAGAUUUACUCUGCGCUGGUACUUUAACAGCCAGGUCCAGGCCUGCCGACCCUUCAUCUACAGUGGCUGUGAGGGCAAUGCCAACCGGUUCCUCCAGCAGGAGACCUGUGAGGAGCGCUGCCUCGGGGAGGUCACAGGUGCUAUUCCUUUGAAGAAGGGGCGAUGAUGAACGGCAUGUCAUGACCACCUCUCCACCCUAAAGAAUGUCAACAAAUGGUUGUUUAAUAUUGAAAACUAUAAACAUUGGCAAGGUUUUGAAUAUAUAUAUAUAAAGCUUUGAUGGAUCUUGUCUCAUUGCCACAGGUCACAUUGUUGAUUUGCUUAUUUAUUUCAAGUACAUUUAUAUUACAUUAACUGCAGCCAAACGUUUUAAUCCCUCUCAGAAUUACAUCUAGCGAUUACAGCAGUACUGUAUUACUGGAAGACAAUGUUGUCCAAACAUUGGCGCAACCUUACCACAGAAAGCAGGAUCUGCCUUUGGUGGAUGUACAGCUCAUGAGUUCCAAAUCUGUCCACUAAAGAACAGAGCUGUUCUGUAUGUAUGAAGAGGCACGCACAAUACGUUAUACAGUAUGUUAUAAUAUUUUGCCAAUGUGAUGUACAUAUAAAUGUAUAUUUGUAUUACCUGGGAAAAAGUGUUUUGUGUGUCCUAAUGAUUCAUGUUAAACUCUGCAUGUUUUUACCUGACAGAGGUAAGGUGCUAUUUUAAAAUGUAUAUUUGUAUUGCACUUUUCAUUUGUUGUUUUCAAAGAAAAAACUAAAGUUCGUUUUUUUCAUCAAGUUUAAUGUUCAAAUUGCAAAGGAACACACUCAUGUUGGCUUGACAACAUUAAUCAUUGUUUUAUUAAAUAUAUAAAGAAAA